AUGGCUCGGAAGAAGUGUCCGGGAUGCUCCAAAUGGGGCGGUAACCGCUGCACUUGCAAGACUUCUACCACUAUCAAGACAGAUGCUGAGCCUCAAAAGCGCGAGCUAGAGAAAGCCAAAGCAAGAGCAGAGAUGACCCAGAAGACGGCCAGGGGUGUUGACGCGAAGCUUGCUCUCCAAGUUCAGUUGGAAGCAUUGAAAGUGAAGAGGUUGACACUUCAACAAGAACGUGAUAAACAGAAGGCUACGGAAAGAGAGGCCAAGCGCCGUCAAGAGGUUAUGCAGCACCAGAGCUUCUACAACCGAAGUUGGUGGAAGCCGCGCAAUAAACGUGAGCAGAGCUAUGCAUCUCCUCGAGAUGAAGCAGAGUACUAUCCCGGCGAGGCUUUGUGCUCCAUGCCCAACGACGGCUGUAACUAA